AUGAUGUUUUCUUGUAUUGUUGAGUUGAGAAAUGGUUUUUUCUGGGGCUGCAUAGGGAUUAUAGUGUCCCUCUUGGUUUUGUCAAUUCGGCCUUCGGUAGCUUUGUGUCAUGAUGGAAUUUAUCUCCUGGAGUUGAAGAAAACAAUUCUCGACCCCUUUAAUUUUCUCUCUAAUUGGAGCCCAUAUGACGAGACCCCCUGCAAUUGGACGGGCGUGAAUUGCACUUUGGAUAAUCAUUGCCCUUUUGUCCGCAGCAUCCCAAAAGAGAUCGGCAAUUGCUCGUUGUUGGAGAUUCUCAAAGCUAAUAACAACGAGUUAAGUGGCGAUAUCCCUGCAAACUUGGGCAAUCUCUCUCGUCUGACAAGCCUCAACAUAUGCAACAACCAGUUUUCAGGCCCUAUCCCAGAGGAGUUCGGAAAACUAGCCUCUUUGGUCGAGUUUGUGGGGUACACUAAUGAGCUCACUGGCCCGCUGCCUAUUUCGUUUUACAACCUAACAAACUUGAUGAUUUUCCGAGCAGGCCAAAAUGCGAUUUCCGGGAAUUUACUUGCCCACGUAGAGAAUUGCAAGAGUCUUCAAGUUCUUGGCCUUGCGCAGAAUAUGAUAGGCGGCAACUUACCGAAAGAGCUCGGCAAGCUCGAGAAAUUAACCGAUCUCAUCCUUUGGGACAAUCAGUUCUCGGGAUUUAUACCAAAGGAGAUUGGCAACUGCACGAGCCUUCAGACUCUUGCAUUGUACCAAAACAAUCUCAUUGGGCAUAUUCCGCCCGAGCUCGGUAAUCUGAGUUGCCUGAGAAAGCUUUAUCUGUAUCGAAACGGAUUGAACGAGACCAUACCGAAGGAAAUUGGGAAUCUCUGCCUCGCGCUAGAAAUUGAUUUGUCGGAAAAUUAUUUAUUGGGAGAAAUCCCGACUGAGUUUUCCAGGAUAAAGGGCCUCUAUCUGCUGCACCUCUUCCAGAACGAGCUCAUUGGCCUUAUCCCACCCGAGCUCAGUAGCCUGAGGAAUCUCACUAUGCUCGACUUCUCGAUUAACUACCUCAAGGGUCCUAUACCUUACGGUUUUCAGCACCUUCCUAAUAUAUACGAGCUGCGGAUUUUCGAUAAUAAUCUUAGUGGCGUAAUUCCUCAAGGCCUUGGUCUUCGCGGUCGACUAUCCGUGGUCGAUUUUUCAGAAAACCAUCUCUUCGGUAAAAUCCCUCCUCACCUUUGCCGGCAUUCAGGCCUCGUGUCGUUGAAUCUCGCCUCUAACCAUUUGUUCGGGAACAUCCCGUUUGGCGUCGUGAACUGUGGUUCUUUGGUGCAAUUACUACUCGGUAAUAACAAUCUGGCUGGAAAUUUCCGUUUCGACAUGUGCAAAUCGAAGAAUCUAACUGCUCUGGAAUUGGCCCAGAACAGGUUCAGUGGGCCUUUACCACUAGAAAUCGGGGACUGCGAGAAACUGCAGAGGCUUGACCUCUCGGGGAAUUUUUUCAUGUCCGAUCUGCCUAAGGAGAUCGGGAAUCUGUUCCAGCUCGUGGAUUUAAACGUUUCUUCGAAUUUUUUCAAGGGCAGGAUACCGCCCGAGAUUUUCAACUGCCGGGCUCUACAGAGGCUAGACCUCAGCCAGAAUAGCUUCACACAUGAUAUACCUGCCGAGUUAGGGACUCUUUCUGUGCUCGAAAUUCUGAUUUUAUCCGAAAAUAUGCUUUCGGGAAAUUUACCUAAAGAGCUAGGCAACCUGUCUCAUCUCACAGAGCUUCAGAUUGGCGGGAACUUUUUAUCCGGCGGAAUUCCGAGUGAGCUGGGCAAUCUCACCAGCCUGCAAAUAGCAAUGAACCUCAGCUAUAACAAUUUAUCCGGCACUAUACCGUCCCAGCUGGGCAAUUUAGUCCUUUUGGAGUACCUGUUUCUGAACAACAAUGAAUUGAGCGGCGAGAUUCCAAGGACUUUCGGGAAUCUAUCGAGUCUCUUAGGGUGCAAUUUGUCGUCUAAUCGUCUAACGGGUCCACUCCCAUCCGCAGAGUUGUUCCAGAGCAUGAGUCCCAGCAGCUUUGCCGGUAAUAUAGGCCUCUGUGGUGGGACUCUUGGUAACUGCACUCGUUUAUCAUCGAUUCUCUGGGAUUCGAAGAGAGCGGAGCUCGAUCGGAGGAAAAUUAUUAUUACGGUUGUCUCGGCUAUGAUUGGUGGGGUCUCGCUCGUCCUUAUCGUCAUCAUCUUGCGCCACAUGAGAUAUAAAUAUUGUUGA